UUUCUUAAUUACCCUAGAGACACCAAAUCAUCACAUUUAAGAACAUAUGCAUUCACUACUGUAAGUUGCAUUCACUACUGUAAGUCGCUCUGGAUAAGAGCGUCUGCUAAAUGACAAAAAUGUAAAAUGUAAAUAGUUAGUUACUAACAUGGUUGCAUGCCAUUUUGUCAAUGGAGCACGAGGGAAACAAGCCGUUGCUUCGGCAAGUUUCCCCUGGCGACCGUUUUGGUUGCUGUACAAGGUGCUAGUUUGCCAAUGGUCAACGGGUUUGCCACAACAACUCGCGAGAUAGUUUGAAGAUACAUUUUGUUGUUGUAUUGCUGCGGUGAAAAUGGCUUGGGAACGAAAUCGUCUGCUCUGCAUGCUGUCCAUUACUUUUGAGUUUUUCAUUGUUGAGGUUUUCGUCAGCCGUAUGACUGCUUCCCUGUCAAUGCUGUCAUAUUCUUUCCAUAUGCUGCCGGAUGUCAUUGCCCUGGUUGUGGCCCUGAUUGCUGUGCACUUCUCUGAGAAAACUCAAGCAACGAGUCAAAAUACUUUCGAAUGGAUCAGAGCAGAAGUCUUGUAAUAGUGUAGGUUCCGUCCCUGUCUUCGCACCAACCUGGGCUCGAACCAGGGACCCUUGCACACAUCAACAACUUACACCCCACGAAGCAUCGUUACCCAUCGCGCCACAAAAGCCGCGGCCCUUGCAUCGCAAGGGGAACAACCACUUCAGGUCUCAGAGCGAGUGACGUCACUGAUUGAAACACUAUUUGCGCGCACCACCGCUAACUAUCUAGCCAUUUCACAUCGGUUACACUCUGGUCAACGCCGUAUUCCUAACUGCCAUGUGCUUUACCAUCAUUAUUGAGGCAGUCGAGUGGUUCACAGUGCCUCACGAGAUUGAGAGACCCCGAGUGGUUUUUGGAGUUGGAGCUGCGGGACUUCUUGUAAACUUGCUCGGUCUUUUGUUGUUCCACGAACACGCAGGACACGGUCACUCGCAUGGUGGCUCUCAUGGAAUUAACAAACUUCACAAAUCCGAGAGAGUAGGGAGAGAAUCCAUUGGCGAUGAGACCAAUAGGCCUAUCCUGUUUGAUUGCAGUCUGAAGACAGGGGAUCUCAGAGCAGGUCCAGGAGGAGAUCACGAAAUCCCCAAUAAGGACAACCUUGUGGUCCACAUGAAGGACAUCUCCCUGGAGGAUUGGAACGAUAGCCAUCAUGACUCUGCUUCACAGCUCAACAUGCAGGGUGUCUUCCUCCACGUGCUGGGUGAUGCCCUCGGCUCUGUCAUCGUUGUGGUCAACGCUCUCACCUUCACCUACGCGAGGCAGCCUUGCCAUGCUGGAGAGACCUGUGUCAACCUAUGCUACAACAGCCACGACUACACUUACCACCACCAACAACAUGUCAAUGUUACGCUGAUCACCAUGCUUGGUAGUAGUACCCAGACUACAGUGCACUUCACUGGCCCUUGCUCGGUGCUCUACCUCGACCCCACACUCUGCAUCAUUAUGGUGGGCUUCUUACUCUAUACCACCUUCCCUCUCCUGAAGGAGUCAGUCCUCAUCCUCCUGCAGACUGUUCCUAAACAGAUAGACAUGCCCCGGCUGCUGGGGAGGCUCAGGGGCCUGGAUGGUGUGUUGGCUGUCCACGACCUACACAUCUGGCAGCUGGCAGGGAGCAGGAUCAUUGCCACGGCACACAUCAAAUGCCUAGACCCAGCUUCCUACAUGGAUGUGGCCAUGCGAAUCAAAGGCCUCUUUCAUGAUGAGGGUAUCCAUGCCACGACAGUUCAACCAGAGUUUGUUACUGUUAACUUUGCAUCUAAUAUUUACGUCUGUGAGCUGUCCUGUGGGACACAGUAUGCCCCGAAGCUGUGCUGUGGAAACUUUGACAGAACAGGACUAGGAGGACCUGUUAGAGAAGAGGUUGUUUUUUAUCAGUAUCACUCAAUAUAACACCAGUCAACCUCAAUACAACAGUCACCCUCUGCAGUGACCAUCAAGCUACUGUAACUGCCACGCAGAGCCCAAGCUGCCAUUUAUACAGAGGCAAAAUCCUCAGUGUCACAAUGAAUGGUGAUUAUACAUUGGGAACUUGAAACAUGUUGAGAGGUUCAAUUGAACUUUAUAUAGCAUACUUUGUGCCACAGCAGGAGGCAUCGUAAGUGAUAGUCAUCCAACUACAUUCCUAGUGUCUGGAUAUUCUGCCUACUGUGUCUAAUGUGAAGAAGUUGGUGCAGACUGAGUGAACAAGUAGUAUUACAUUCUCUGUGUCGUGUCUGGACUAUCAUUAAAAGUGAAGACUGUU